AGUUGAUUAUAUCGACUCAUUCAGAAGACCGUUUUCAGCUGACUCCCUUACUUAUCUUCUAAGCAUGAGUGCUGAUACUUCUGCCUUCCCUUCUCCAAACUCACAACUUUCGGAUGCUUUGAAUUCCCAGCGCCAACUUUCGACUAUGAUAUCAGAUGCCCCCAAGUGCGUUCGAUGUUCAUUGAAAAUUUAUGAUCACACACUGGUGUCCUUUAGUGAGCAGUUUUGGCACAAGUCGUGUUUUCGCUGCAUGAUUUGCCACAGAGAACUCAAUGAUGCCUGCUUCUCCAAUGGCAAAGAGCUGUACUGUACAGAAGAUUUUACAAGAAUCUAUCGAUCUGAAUGCGCUGGGUGUUCGAAAAAUCUGAGCCCUUCUGACAUCGUGAGAAGAGUGUUUGGUAGCUUAUACCACGAGACCUGCUUCAAGUGCACGCUGUGUGACCGUGCCGUGGAAACGGGGGACAGGGUGUACCUCAGGGACGACAACAAACUCAUCUGUGAGGAAGACUACGCUAGUCUACGCGGGCGAGACGAGCUGGACAAUCCUUUACACCCAGAAAACAUACGAUCUCUUAAUGAUGACAGAGGUGUUGUGAGACUCAGCACCUUUGGGUUUUUGAAGAAAGGAGCACUGCAAGUAAAUAUUACCCAAUUCAAAUACAAAGUGGACCUUAAUUUGACAGAUGAUGCCAAAGUUAUGGAUACAGUAUUUGGGUUUACUUUGGAUAAAAGUGAAAGCAGUGGAGUUGCUUCAUAUCUGGAGGAUAAUCAGGACAAGAACUGCAUUUUAUCCAUCAUAGACCCAGCUAACAUAUUCAAAGAGAAGACCAUGUCCAUUAUAUUUUUUAGAAUGAAGUUUUCGUCGAAUCAGAUGACAAUUCUGAAGUAUGGAGAGGAUAUUUCUAUGUUAGAGAUAUCUGAGAAAGCACACAUGCAAACAUCUCUCAGAACUUCUAUUACAAUGGGAAAAACUGGCAAAACUUUGAGUGACCAUUCAAUGAUGCGCAAGCCAAACGCCAGCAAGUUUACGGAUCCACCUCCAAAAGCUGGGCAGCAUGAUAAUGUACAAAAGACAAAUGAUUCAGCGAGACGUAAGCGAAGUGAUCUUGCAGAACCUGCCCCCAAAGCUGUGCCAGUUCAGACCACCACUCCUAAACGUGUCAUAGACCCCAUGCAUCCAGAACCCAUCCCUAUCAAAGGGAAUCCAAAAAAUGGGUAUUCUGUAUCUUUUGGAAUAAAUGUCGAUUCAGAACAGGAAGAAGGGUUGUAUAAUCUCUACUUUCACAAUUGUUUCCAGUAUGGAAGGAAUGUGCAUUCAACUUUUGAAAUGCAGAUUGAUAUAGAGGAGAGGAACGACAAUAACUACUUGUCAGCAGGCGACAUCCCCAUUCCCACGCUCUUCUUCAUCCUCUCCGUAUUGUUCUUCAUCGCUGGGGUUGUCUGGAUGGUUAUUUUACGCCGUGUUAAGGAUGAUGUAUACACAAUGCAUUAUCUUAUGUUUGCUGUAGUGAUGGUAAAGGCACUUUCAAAUCUCUUCAACGCUGUAAACAUGCACUUCAUUGCUGUAGAAGGAAUGCAUGAGGAAGCUUGGGCCAUAUUAUACUACAUUGUCUAUCUAUCUCGAGGAGCUUUGUUGUUUGUGACCAUUCUGCUGAUUGGAACAGGCUGGACUUUUGUCAAACAUGUCUUUUCAGACAAAGAAAAGAAACUGUUUCUGGUUGUUAUUCCUCUUCAGAUCCUAGACAACAUUGCCUACAUCAUUAUAGAGGAGAGUGAAGAAGGGCAGUCUGAGUACGCCAUAUGGCAGCAGGUCUUCAUACUGGUGGACCUCUUGUGCUGUGGGGCCAUUCUUUUCCCUGUUCUUUGGUCUAUGAGACACUUAAGGCAGUCCACCAGAACAGAUGGGAAAGCUGCACUCAGUCUUCAAAAACUUGCUCUCUUCAGACACUUCUAUAUCAUGAUUGUGUGCUAUAUUUAUUUUACCCGAAUAAUAGUAUACCUAGUCAAGAUAACUGUGCCCUUCCAGUAUGAGUGGUUAGAUGAACUGUUCAGGGAGCUUGCCACGUUAGUGUUCUUCAUCAUUACUGGGUAUAAAUUCCAGCCCGCCCCCGAUAACCCAUACCUUCAAGUGCCAACAGAGGAGGAAGAUGAAGAGGUUGAAAUGGAUGAGGUAAUCACAAAAUCGGGUGCCAUGGAUACAGUGACUCAUGUCAACAAAGGGGCCUCCAAAGGGUCAACAGGCCUCAAACAAAGGGAGAGCAGCCAUGACUAUGACUAAUGUCCAUUAUAUUGAAAUGAAGUACAGUUUGGGUUAGCAUUAUUCCAAAAGAAGAUUUUUCGGGAGAUAGAAUGCAGUGGUUGACUCCAGCAUUGAUGCCUAAUGCUGUUGAGUAAACUAAAAGGAUCUUUCUGUUUAUUUUUUUUAUUAAAAUAUGAUUGGAAAUGACAAUCUUGUGGUGGAAGUUUCAUGUGCAAUUUUCAAUUUUAUUCUUGUGAUUUUAUUUUCAUGUAUUUGCGUGUGUGUAUUUGUUUGAAAGUAUAAGUGUAAAUGGUCUGAUUUUUGACUUCGUGAGGCAAUGAAUAUUGUUAUACAGUACUGUCAACUUGUUUUGUGUUUUGUGAUAUGUGCAAUUAAUUGAAUUGGUGAUAUGCAUGGCCGAGUCCUUGCUACUGAGAAUAAGUGUAGAAUUGUAUGACUCAGAGUUAAAGUUAUAUACUGUGGUAGAAGUUCUUGUCUCAACCAUCUAACUAUUUAAAAGACAUGUGAUGAAAUGAAUUUAAGCAAUCCAUGAAAAUUGGCCCCCACAAAUUUUAAUAAUUCCACAGUACAUGUAUAGACAUUUACAAGAUUCAACAGCUUUAUGAUAUAAUGAUCAACACUAUUUUGUUCUAUUGAAAUAAUUCCAGAAAUGUUCACAUACGUUAUGUAUGUACAAAGUUGAUACAAAUUAGUGCUAGAAAGGAACACCAUUUUGCAUACUAGUAUGUAGAGAAUUUUAGCUACAUUUUCAAUUGCAUGAGAAACAGUUCAUGUUAUAUGGGUUUAUUACCUUCAAUCAAUCGGGUGUUUGAUUUGAAACUUUUACUCAUUGCAUCUCCAUGUGUGUACAGUUUUAUGAAGUUAUAUUGGACAUGUUAGGAUUUGCAUGCUUGUUCCUCGAGGAAUAUUGAGAGGUGUAUGAAAUCCAUUUAUAUUAUGCUGAGUUCUGUAUUCAUUGUUAUUUUAUUCUGUGAUACUUUUGCAUACUUUGCUAUGAAUAUUGUACCAUUGAA